CAGUCUGGCAGGAGCGGGCCUCCUUCGUUGGAUCUUGGCUCCAUUCACUGCUCAUUCACUCACAGCAUCAGGCCCAACAGCGAGGAUCUCUCACGACCUUGUUGGGAUACCCAGCACUUGUUUGUUGUUGUAUUGGCAUUGGCGCCCCAUUAACUUUGGUUUAUAAAAGGAGCAGCAACAAGAGACGAUUUCAAGAUGUCUAUGAAACUAAGAGACCUUAUCCGCAAGGUCAGGGCUUGCAAGACGGCUGCCGAGGAGCGCGCAGUCAUUGCCAAGGAGUCGGCAAUGAUCAGGACAGCCAUUCGAGAAGAACAGGAGCAUUAUCGACACCGCAAUGUUGCGAAGCUUCUGUUUAUGCAUAUGCUCGGCUACCCAACCCACUUUGGUCAACUUGAGUGUAUGAAGCUGACAGCCUCUCCACACUUCCCUGAAAAGAGAAUUGGUUAUCUAGGCAUGAUGCUACUACUCUCAGAAGAAGCCGAUGUGCUCAUGUUGGCCACAAACUCGCUGAAGAAUGAUUUGAACGCGGACAACAAGUUUGUAGCUGGCUUGGCCCUCUGUGCCAUUGGAAAUCUAGCAACUGCCGAUAUGUCCAGGGACUUGGCUCCUGAGGUGGAUAAGCAUUUGAAAUCUCCAAUGCCAUAUUUGAGGAAAAAAGCCUGUCUUGCCAUGGUCAGGUGCCUGGCCAAGUGUCCCGAUAUGGUGGAAGAUUUUGUCGACCGGAUCGUCACGUUGCUGAAAGACAAGAGCCACGGAGUUUUAAUUACGGUGGCCCAGCUUAUGACUCAAGUCCUUAUGAUUGACUACCGCAACGCCGAAGAGGACGACGAGGAUCCGUUUUCUACCCAGUGUCGAGCUUCGUUCCUCCGCUUGGUGCCCACCUUAGUCAAGAUGCUUCGAAACCUUCUCAGCAGUGGCUUUUCUCCUGAUCAUGAUGUGGGUGGAAUUUCGGAUCCAUUCCUGCAGGUCCAGCUUUUGACAUUGCUUCGCCUUUUGGGAGUCAACAACGAAAAGGCCUCGGAAGCAAUGAACGAUGUGCUGGCUCAGGUGGCCACAAACACGGAAACAUCGAAAAAUGCCGGCAAUGCCAUUCUGUAUGAAUGUGUCCAGACUAUCAUGGGUGUAGAGAGCGAGGAUGGACUCCGCGUGCUUGCCGUCAACAUCCUGGGGCGAUUCCUUCUCAAUCGUGACAACAACAUCCGAUACGUUGCCUUGAACACUUUGGCGAGAUGCACUGUACAACAACAGCAAUCCGGGCGCGGAAGCACGGUACCAGCUGAUGAUGGUGGAAACAGCGCCUCAUCGGCUCUGCAACGUCAUAGACAGACGGUGGUGGACUGUCUGAAGGAUCCCGAUAUCAGUAUCCGCAUGAGAGCUCUCGAAUUGAUUUAUCACCUUGUCAAUCACGAAAACGUCGAGACGCUCACAGCCGAGCUUCUCAAUUACUUGGUUCUGUGUCCUCGGGAACACCGCGGGGAUAUUUGUACACGCGUGCUCCGCGUCGUGGAGCGAUACAGUCCAAACGAUCGAUGGAGGGUCGACACACUCAUCACUAUGCUAACCAUUGCUGGAAGAGAGUCAACACGGGACGUGCAAAGUGCUUGUGCAGUGUACAUUUCACGAGCUGCAGAAGACAUCCAUGCCUAUGCAACGCACAAGCUGUUGAAAGCUAUUAGAGACGACGACGGAACUCAGCGUGGUCUCCUUGCUGUGGGUAUUUGGUGCAUCGGCGAAUACGGCGAUCUACUCUUGCAACCCUACUCCUACACAGCUCCGAACGAGGUCGGCCCGGAUGGCAUGGACUCCUUGUCCAGUCCUGUCACUAUCACCUUUAUGGCAUUAGAGCCGAUCAACGUUGUGGACACCGUUCAUGAAGUCAUGUCAAGGCUCUCGUGUCCGCUCGAUGUGAAGCACCGAGCGCUUACCUGCUUUGCAAAGUUGAGCGACCGCUUCAGGGAUAAAGGAGAUGCGGCAGCUCUGGAGAAACUGCACACCCUUAUCAAAAAGCACGAAUCUUCGCACUCACUCGAACUGCAGUUACGGUCUUGUGAGUACGAUGCUUUGAUCAAUGCCACUAAGGGCAUUGCCAAGGCACCGAAGGUUAACAGCGAUGAUAUUUUUGGAGUGGAAAAUGGAGCUCCUCCCACCGUCACUGCAGCUGUCGUUCAAGCUGCGAAGGAGGCUUUGGCAAGAAUGCCCAUGGUUGACUUGAAGGUUCUGGAGAAAAAGCAGGCCACAAGCGAAAGCUUCGGUGCGGAUGGGGAUUCGGUUUCUACGCCAGCGGCAGUGGGAACCAAGUCUGGUGGUGGCGACUUGUUGGACUUUGAUAUGUUGGGUGGUGGGGAAGCAAGCGCCGCUCCACAACAGAAUGGCGGCCUCUUUGACAGCAAGCCUGCUGCCCAGGGUGAUGCUGGAAAGAGUGACAUGGAUCUUCUGUCCGAGAUUUUUGCUGCUCAGCCCGCGCCUGCACCAGCAGCGGGCGGCUACGACCCAUUCUCGGCUCCCCCUGCUCAGCAACAAGCCGCAGCAGCGCCAGUCGUUGUGAAUCCUCUCGACCUUUUUGGUGCCACCCCUGCGCCUGCUCCUCAACCAGCAGCACCAGCAGCAGUCAAUCCAAUGGAUUUGUUUGGUGCGCCCCCUAUUCAGCAGCAACAACAGCAACAGCCUUCGUCAGCAAGUGACCUCUUUGGGGCUCAACCCACCCCUGCAGCUCCCGCACCUGCUCCUCAGUCGAGCUCAAUUACGGUGCCUGGACCCAAUCAUUCAGGCUUGUCAAUAGAAUUCGAGUGCGUGAAACCUGAUCAAUGGAACAAACAGAAGUCUACCCUGUUGGCAAAAUUCACAAACCAGACCAAUGCCCCGAUAGUUGGGCUCAGUCUGCAGGUUGCAGUUCCCAAGUAUGUCACACUGGAAAUGCAACCACCAACAUCAACCACCGUGCCCCCCAGUGGAAAUAACAACAAGCAAGUGACUCAGACAAUUAAUGUGACGAAUUCUAUGCUGGGAACAAAGAACCUCAUGCUCAAGCUGAAGCUGGGGUUCACUGCAAACGGAGUCAAAAUUGAUCACAUGGCAACUCAGUCUGGGUUUCCCGCUGGCGAAUACUAAACUAUAGAUAAUGCAGCUUUGUGAUUUUUAACUUUUCUAGAAAGCCAUUAAACAUGC